CGAAAAAGAGAGAGUCAGAUCUGGGAGAGGUGGCUUUUUUCCUUUUCUGAUUGGAAAUGGAGGAUUCAGCUGGAGGAGCUCGCAAAGCCACCAAGAGUAAACUGUUUGAGUUCCUGGUCCAUGGAGUGCGCCCAGGGAUGGCUUCAGGGGCCAGGAUGCCACAUCAGGGGGCUCCGAUGGGACCCCCAGGACCCCCGUAUGGAGGUGUGCCCUCCGCGCGGCCUGGACUCCCCAACCCUGCCAUGGACCCCAGCCGCAAGCGCCCGGCCCCCGCUCAGCAGGUCCAGCAGGUCCAGCAGCAGCAGCAGCAGCAGCAGGCAGCCGUCCAGUCCCGGCCCAGAAAUGCGAAGAGAAGGAAAAUGGCAGACAAGAUUCUCCCUCAACGGAUCCGUGAGCUUGUCCCAGAAUCCCAGGCCUACAUGGACCUGUUGGCAUUUGAACGCAAACUGGACCAAACCAUCAUGAGGAAAAGAGUGGAUAUCCAAGAGGCUCUCAAAAGGCCGAUGAAACAAAAGCGCAAGUUGAGACUGUACAUCUCAAACACCUUCAAUCUCGCCAAACCCGAAGCUGACGACUCAGAUGGGAGCGUUGCAUCCUGGGAACUAAGGGUUGAGGGAAAGCUACUGGAUGAUCCUGGGAAACAGAAGCGGAAGUUCUCGUCCUUCUUCAAGAGCCUGGUCAUUGAGCUGGACAAGGACCUUUAUGGUCCAGAUAAUCAUUUAGUUGAGUGGCAUAGGACCCCCACCACCCAAGAGACUGACGGUUUUCAAGUGAAGAGACCUGGGGAUGUCAACGUACGCUGUACUUUACUGCUUAUGAUAGAUUACCAGCCUCCCCAGUUUAAACUGGACCCACGGCUAGCGCGCCUCCUUGGAAUCCACACCCAGACGCGCUCUUGCAUCAUCCAGGCUCUGUGGCAGUAUGUGAAGACUAACAAGUUGCAAGACUCCCACGAAAAGGAGUACAUCAACUGUGAUAAGUACUUCCAGCAGAUCUUUGACUGUCCUCGUUUGAAGUUUUGUGAGAUACCCCAGCGUCUCACUAACUUGCUGCUUCCUCCCGAUCCCAUAGUCAUAAAUCAUAUCAUCAGUGUGGAUCCAAAUGAUCAGAAGAAGACAGCUUGUUAUGACAUUGAUGUAGAAGUGGAUGACCCCCUGAAGACACAGAUGAGCGGCUUCCUGCUGUCAACGGCCAAUCAUCAGGAGAUUGCUCUGCUUGACAACAAGAUUCAUGAGACUAUUGAGUCUAUCAACCAGCUCAAGAUCCAGAGAGACUUCAUGCUGAGCUUCUCCCGAGACCCUAAAGGCUACAUAGAGAACUGGCUUUGUUCCCAAAACCGUGACCUAAAGUUAAUGACGGAUGUGGUUGGGAAUCCAGAAGAAGAGAGAGGAGCAGAGUUUUAUAAUCAGCCUUGGUCACAGGAAGCUAUCAGUCGUUACUUCUAUAGCAAGAUUCAACAAAGAAGAUUAGAGCUUGAACAGGCUUUGGCCAUGCGCAACACCUAAACUGUUCCCUAUGGGAAAAUAUGGAUGCAUCCUUUUAUUUGUGGAAAUGACACAUUUUAAGUCCGCCAUUCAUGACCAUUCUAAGCCUUUCUGGAGCAACCGCUGAUCUAUAAAUCUCCAGAAAAAGAAGAGAACUCCUGAUUGUACUGUCCAUUUGAUGUUUUUGGCAUACUCUGAGACCACAUGCAAGACAAUUUUAUGGGAUCGGACAACAUUUUUAAUACUGCUUUGAUCUUAAUGGCCUUUUAAAUAGCACUGAUGAGAGCAAUCAAAAUACAGUGUUUUGUCUUUGGAAGUCGUAAUUCAUAUAUUUUGUCUAGUGAUGUAAAUGUUUGUUAGAUGUCACUGUUGUUUUGUUGUGAUUGUGCUGUGGUGUCCUAACAUGUCCUGCCGAAUCUGAAAUUCACCAUUUUUAAUCACAGGUAUUUGGUGUGCCCAUUUAACCUGAGGCCUAAACUCACAUACUGUAAGAGAAUAUGUGUUCUAAAGAAACAGUAGAUGCAAAGUAGUCUUCGACGUGCAAAGAUUGAAAGGUUUCACUUGUCUAAAGUAUGAGAAAAUGUUGUGUGUGCAAUGGUGUUCUGAAAUAAUUAGAUGGAGGUACCAUUCAUAAAUCCUGGUUGGUAUUGUGCACUUUGUAUCCUAUGAGUGUUUGGUCUUGUGGCCUACAAAGUGUAGGCUCUAAAGAAAAAUCCCAAUUAAUGGUCAUGUCAUCAAAUGAUGAACAAAUGACAAAGUUUGCUACCUAAAUCCCCUGCUGACCAAGAGAUGAAUGGUUACCUAAUAAAAUAAAUGAUAAUAAUAAAAACAUUUCUUUUUUUCAACAUGGAAGAGAACCAUUGUGAUUUGCACUUUUAAAAAAUUAUUCAGCACCUUAUCCAUUUUUGUAACUGUCAUCAAUGAGCCUUAUGAACGCAUGGAUCACAACAGGACCUGCUAUGUUAAAUUCUCAGUGUGAUUUUUACAGUGUGAAAGUAUGCAUGCUGCAUGGGUAGACUUACUAACUUUAAAAUGUGUUUGUUUUCAAAGUAUUCUCAAAGCUCAAAAGCUUUUAGGCUGAAUUUAUGGGUAACUUGUGUUAUGAAUAAGCAUUGUAAAAAUACACAUAUAUAUAUACUGUAUAUAUAUAUAUAAAAAAGAAUUUGUUAGUGUUAGGUCACACAAACCAGCUCACCUGUGUUGCCUGUGAGCAGUCCCUUGUGUGAAGUCUGUCCAUUUUUGUUACCUUUGACCAAAUCAAACAGACAACAGACCGGUUGAUAUUUUAUAGUUGGAUGAUGGCAGCUAUGUUCAUGUUUUCACCUUAGGCAUCAGAUUAAUGUGUGGAGUGAAUUAAACUUUUGGAGAAAAAAAGUUCCUUUCAUUGUGACAGCAUUGUGAUUCUCUCAUGAGUCAAG